CCUAGGCCCCGGCGCCGGCUCCGGCGCAGCAUGGUGCGGGCCGCCCGCGCGCUGCUACGGAAGUAUGGCAACUUUGUAGAUAAUCUGAGAGUCCAUGUGAAAGGAGGCACUGGCGGAAUGGGCUACCCUCAUUUCGGUGGAGAAGGAGGGAGAGGCGGUGACGUCUGGUUUGUAGCUAGAGAAAAAAUUAACUUGAUAAGCGUUAAAGCCCGAUAUCCCAACAAGCGGUUUGUGGCUGGAACUGGAGCCAACAGUAGUGUAAGAGCACUGAAAGGUGAUAAAGGAAAAGAUUGCGAAGUUGGUGUGCCUCUGGGAAUUACAGUCACUGAUGAUGAUGGAGAAGAGAUUGGACAACUUAAUAAAGCAGGAGACAGAUUAUUGGUAGCUCGUGGUGGUCUUGGUGGUGAGUUGGUUACGAACUUCCAGCCUUCCAAAGGCCAGAAACGAAUUGUUCGUCUUGAUCUCAAACUUAUAGCAGAUGUUGGCUUAGUUGGAUUUCCAAAUGCAGGAAAAUCCUCCUUGUUAAGCAAGAUUUCUCAUGCCAAACCUCAGAUUGCAGAUUAUGCAUUUACAACAGUAAAACCUGAACUUGGAAAGAUUAUAUAUCCAGAUUUUAAACAGAUCUCAGUAGCUGAUCUUCCAGGAUUGAUUGAAGGUGCUCAUGUAAACAGGGGAAUGGGUCAUAAAUUUCUCAAGCAUGUAGAAAGAACCAAACAACUUCUCUUUGUUGUUGAUGUCUCUGGCUUUCGGCUCUCUCUUAAAACUAUGUUCAGAACAGCUUUUGAAUCUAUUCUGCUUCUUACAAAGGAGCUAGAGUUAUACAAUGAGAAACUUCAGACAAAGCCUGCUCUUCUUGCUGUGAAUAAAAUGGACUUGCCUAAUGCACAGGAUAACCUGCAUGAACUUCUGAAACAGUUACAGAAGCCUGAAGACUUUUUCUACUUGCUGCAGAAAGAGAUGAUUCCACAGAGCACCAUAGAGUUUAAAGAUAUAAUCCCCAUCUCAACAUUUACUGGAGAAGGAAUUGAAGAACUGAAAACCUGUAUAAGAAACUCACUAGAUGAAGAAACAGAGAAAGAGAAUGAAGAAUAUCACAAAAAGAAACUUCACAUUUUGCAGGCUUUGGAAGUAUAGCAGAUAAUUAAAUGCUGGAAUUCAUUCUUUGGUGGAUGUUGGUUUAAUUUUUGGACUUCUGAUUAGAUGCCAAAUCUAUAUGUUGACAAGAGUGUACUCGGCCAUCAUGAAAUGGAACUUGACUUCAUUGUUCCCUGAACCCAUGCCAGUAUGGUUUGAACUCUUACCCUGUCAUAAAAGCAAACCUGAAAAGUCUAAUCUGGCACAUAUAUUGUGAGGAAUACAUUUAAUUUUAAAACAUUUCCUAACAUUGUGAAGAUUUAAACAAUAUAGUGCAGUGAUAUAUAGUGAAUUUUCUUCGAAACAAAUGCAUAAUUCUUCAUACACAUGGUCUUGGUUUUUUUCUUAAUCAUAAUGAAUGCUUACAAGCUUUUUGCACACUCAAGCUUUGAAGAAGAAUUCUUAAAAUAAAGGCAUUGCUUGGCCUAUGGGCUAAGA